AUGACACGAAAAGUAACAGCUACAGGUACGAUCAUCAGUGAACCCAAAUUUUUGUUUGAACAAAUGGCUAUCGACCUCUUUGAAAAAGAUGGCGAUACUUAUUUCAUCGCAAUUGAACUAUUAUCCAGAUACGCAUGGAUAAUAAAAAUAACCAGUAAAGCACAAUUACAGUACGUCAUAAGAAGAUUGCUUUUUCUCAUACCAACACCCGGGACGAUUAUCUCUGACGACGAAAACGCCAUCAAAUCAACGGAAGUUCUGCGACUUUAUGAAGAAGAAGGAAUACAGCACGUUCAAAUUUCCGCAUAUCAUCCAGAAAGCAACGGGAUAUGCGAACGAGUUAUAGGUACCAUUAGGAACCUUUCCAACUCCCAAACCGCAGUCAGUUGUGCACAUCCAUUAAUUAACGCACUGAAAACAUACAAUGCAACGAUACACAGCACCACAGGAUUCUCACCCGUAGAAGUACUGUUUGGAAAGCAACCCGAAAUCGACCCCACGAUACAAGAGCGGAACAAACAACGGGAAGCCAUCAGAGAAGUAGCCAAAGAAAAGAUCAGGCAAAAGAAAGAGAAGAAUUUAAUACUUCAGAAUAAAAGGGUCACGGGAAAAAUGAUAAACUAUCAAGUAGGAGAUCUCAUUCCACAUAAACGGAGAUUCCAAGGCACGUGGUCAGAGCCCACUGUCAUUAAAGAAAUUAACCAACUGACAAAGACUGUUACAAUAGGGAAUAAACAAACACGACAUUUCAACGAAAUUCGACCACUUCAUCGACCUGAAGGAUCUAUCAUCGGAUUUCAUGAUUAUCCAACACCACCUGGAUAA